AUGUCCAGACUAACUACGGCAGCCCUCAGUCUAAUCCUCGCACUGGUCGCUAGCGCUGCAGUCAUCGGCGACACUUCAAGUUCUGGCUCUGGCUCUGGCUUUCCUGGUCGACCCUGGAACUCUACUCUGGAUCCCUAUCUCGAACCAAGUCUACAAAGUACUGGAUACAACGCGACUACAAGUGAAGGCCGGGGCCCCCUAGUCGACUCUGCCAACCUCGACGAGCUCUUCUUCGCCCGGACACCCACGGCCCAGAAAGACACGCGACCGACGCCUGCGCCCACUGGCCACUCUUCUAUACUUACCACAGUGCACAUUACUAGCGAAGGCGACUUUGCGCUUCUCUUGCCGAAGGAUGGAGAAUUGAUCUCGGAUGCGGAGAACGACGGCUCCGCGUACUGCACCCCGACGAGCGACGGGACGUACUGCAGGAGGCGGUUUGCGGCGGGUCUCAUCAGAGCGGCUGCGGUGGAGAAGGCGGGGGACGGUUCGUGGAUCCAGGUGACGGGGUGCCUCGACUCCUCCAAGUACCCCUUCGCGUCGUCGGACGACGGCGGUCAGUUCGAUGUGCGCUUCCCCAACGGCGCGCAGUGUGCCUUCGGAGGGUACGGUGCGAGCUUCGUCGAGCAGGUCGAGCCGAGCGCGAACCGCUUCUGCCUCCGGUGCUGCGCGGCCGCGAACGACCAGGAGAACUGCAACUCGCACCAAGACCGCGCGGGGUGUCCUGUGGCGUUCCCGGGCAAGUACGACUUUCCGCAGCUGGGCGUGGACUGCUCUUAG